AUGUUCAACAAGUUACUUAUAACUCUUUGCUUAGUUCUUCAACUUAUACCAACUAUAAUAGCAGCUCCAUUAGCAGCUCCAAAACUACACAAGUCUAAUGGGAAAUCAGUUUCCAUGUCAUUAGAGCUACCAUACAAUCCAUUAAAUGGUAAUUCAAUUAUGGUUCAAGAAGACAAUCUAUUAGUUUCACAAAAUUCACAAUAUGAUUUGAAAAGUUGGUUUUCAGCUUAUUUCAAUUCCAAAGGUUCAUUUGAAGUUGAUACAAAACUCUUGACUAUUUCACAAGUUGGUCAAUUAAAAUUAUCUACAGAUAAACAUGUUAAAUCAGAAACUUCAAUUGAACAUGAUGAUGAAGUUCAAAGACAUACAUUUUCCAUUAAAAAUGGAUAUUUGAAUUUCAACAACAUUGAUAUAUUCACUUUAUGUCCAGCUGCUGAUAAUGAAGGUCUUUAUACAAUUCAUUUAACUUAUUCUAAAAGUGCUAGUGCUUGUAAUGGUAAAGGUUCCAUCAACAAUGCUAAAUUCAAAGUUCAUAGUGGUGCUGGUACUGUUGUUGAAGAUUUUGAAUUACCAGAGUUCAUCUUUAACCAAGGAAGACACGUCUAUUUCUAA